AUGGUGGCAGCGCGCGUCUUCCAGCUCACGCGCGAGCUCGGACACCGCACCGACGGGGAGACCAUCGAGUGGUUGCUCCGCCAGGCCGAGCCCUCCAUAAUCGCCGCCACCGGCACCGGCGUCACCACCGAGGAGGCGCCCCCGCCUCUUGUCCCCGUCUCCUUCGUCGCGGCCACCGCGUCCAUGACGCCGGUCCCGUACUACACCGCGCUCCUCAUGCAACCGCCCACCGCCGUGGAGUCCCCUGCCGCCUCUGCAUCCGUCUCUGGCACUGCUGCGGAGGAGAAUAAUAACUAG